UCCGAGCUGGCCUUAGAUUGGCGAGGCCUUUGGCUUCUUAACUACGUAAGGCCUAGGUAAGGUAAUUAAUGUGAAGAAAGGAAGGAGCAUUAUUUCCCCAUCUUGGUCAGAAUUGGGUCUCUCCCGCUCUUUCCGCAAUCUCAAAUCCAAUAUUCCUCCUCUCCAUCCAAAAUUCUCACCCUCUUUUCUUCUUCGAUCUAACAUUCUGCAUCUUUGGGCUCCCUUUUUUACUUUUCCCCAUUCAUUCCUCGUCUAAGACUGCGACUGAGACUGAGACCACCCAAAAGCAAACUAGCGAGAGUCCGUCUAUUCACCACUUGCGUCCAUCCGUAUUCUCUUGUUAGUGGAACCGUACUAUCCAAACUGUCCGCGCGCACCUUUGCAUCGACCACUCCUAGGUCACGACUUUUACUCGAGCGUCGCAAGCAAACAAGCAAGCAGGCAAGCAGGCAAGCAGCUUCACUAGCCGCCCUCGGCUCUUCGUCUACGCCUUGCCCUGCCUUUGUUGUACUUCGCUGUGCCCGACUGUUGCAUUGCUUCGUCUCAUAGCCGAGUAUCCUCGUCUUGCCUCGCUUUUGCGCUGCCUUUGACGCCCUGCGCUUAAGCGCCCGUCCUGUGCCGCAUUCCGUACCUUACUUACCCAGUUCUUGGUACACGUCAACAUUCGUCGAGGGUUGUUCCAAGACUCCAUUGCGGCGCUUACUGCCCGUCACCUUUCAGGGCUCCUCGUUAGGUCAUUGGCUGUCAACCACCCACAACCAAAUUCGCUGUAAUUUGAGAGGCUCACAUCCAAUCAUUCACAGCCAGUAUAGAUUCUCUAACACCACUUCGCGUCUGUCUGAACAUGCGACCUACACCUCAUGGUGUUUCAUCAGCCUCCUAUUAUUGCUUAAUCUCGACCUGUCCGAGUCACCGGCAUCAAAGCCUAUAGGCGCUGUCGUGGAUCUUGACUGGUUUCCCAGAUUAGUACCAAUCUCAUCAUUAAUCCCCACGGCGACCUGUGGUAACGGGUGCCUACAUAUUAACUGUAGUGAGGUCCUGUCACCCGUCGCCUGUCAUGGAUCCAUCAACGACUCUCUUCACUUUCUUGUUGUGAGUUCGGACCAUUUCUUCUUUCUUUUGUUAUUUUCUUCCCGUUUGUUUGCUUGUUUGCUCCCUUACUUCGCCUCUCGCUGGUCGAUUGUUGAUCCACUACUUCUGCGGAUCGCCUUCUACGGGACCGUUGAGUCGGUUCGUUAUAUCCAAUCCAUCUUUACAAAAAUCGUUCUCUUCAGCAAUUGGACCACUUUCACUCCCACUGCGUCAGCUUCAUCUCUCAGCAUUCCCUUUGUGUUUCAAUUAUCGAACGCUGUCAUUCCAUUCUCUACCCCGGAUCGGUACUCAUUACCUAGAAGUGUCUUAUUUGCCGUGGUAUGCUUCAAUUGUCUUAUUUUUGUACCCUCGCAUGAAAAUCAUCUGAAUCUGGCUCUGUCCCCGACCAGCCCCCCCCCGGCCUUUGCCUCAAGACAUAGACGGACGCCGUGUUUAGGAAAAAAACAAAAUGUUUGAGUCGCAUGUUUUUCUUUUGUAUUGAGGGCGUAAAAAGUCGGAGCUGAAGUCAGCGUCGAACCUUUCUUAGCCAGCCUCUAGCUGCAGUGCUUGGUACUGCUAAUAUGCUGUAUGCAUCAAAAUGGGGAAACAGCUGGGUUUGAUUGCAGAUGGAAGUCUCUAUCUGCAGCUACCUUGGGAUCGAUCCAAGGGUUCCCUUGUCUCCCCACGAUUGUCAGCUCUAUCAUUUCAUACGGUCUAAGCCUAUCGUACCAGUUUGUUUCUCAGCUGUUACCCCUUGGCCCCAAGGCGUGUGGCUGGCUGUAAUGUACUGCAGUUUGGUGCAAUUUCCCUGCCCUUUUUCUUUGCUUCUAUUCCCCUUCCAUGCCGUCACCCAAUGGCUUUUAACGACGGCCGCUGACAAGCAUCCCCCAGUCAAACUCCCCCUUCGACACAGUCCGUGCAGCUUAUUGGGUCGUGGGACAAUUUCAGCCAAUCUCACCCCAUGCAACGAGACAUCCGGCGGGGCCGUGAUCAGUGGAGAGGUUGCUAUUCUUUUCGUGACAUUGUCUGUGACGACGUUUCCGUCUCGGCUUCUGCGACGUGCGCUGGCGUAGGCGCUGGAACAAGCUCAAGCUCAGGCUCAGGUACUGGCACAGCACCUUCGUAUCCCAACAAGAGGCACGGUGGUCUUAAGAUGGGUCAUACCUAUUAUUACUACUAUGAGCUAGAUGGCUCGGUCGAGACACACGACCCUAGCCUCCCUUCAACCACAGCAUGCCCAUACCUGCCUGGCCAAACUGUCAAUACUUUAAUCGUUCCUGUCGAGCAGGCUCUCAGGCAGCGAAGUGCUUCUCUCACCUCUAUGCGUGCUACCGAUCUCAAGACCAUGAAUCCCGAAUCCAAGUACAUCACACCUCGACCUGCACCUUCAGUACCAGCCAACCACAUCCCCUACCGGGUUGGCUCAUCUCCAUCACUAAAUCACAAGUCUUCGUCCCGAUCAUUAUCACCUGCCCCGGCGGCAUGGAAGCGCUUGUUCGGUCGCAAGGUGAACUCUGAAGGCGAGCGUGGGCGAUCUCCCAUCCGCAACGACUUGUCUGGUACCGCCGAGGAUAUCGAUGACCGUUGCACGACGCCAUCAGAGGGCACUCGAACAAGAGAUAUCUCACCUGAAUCUCUUCGACGCUUCCUAUCUGAUGAUUUUCCUCCUCGCCCUGGUUCUAACCUCAGUGAAAGGCCAUCUCUAGUCAUCCCUGAAGAGGUUGUAGAGGACAACGAGAACGAUGACGACGAUAACUUUGCUACUUCAGCAGCAUCUGAUGGACAGCCCUACGUCACUCGUCUCUCACCCCCUCCCUUUAAGCGAACUAUUUCCUCCGAGUCAGUUAGGAGCGAUGCCGCUAAUUUAAGCUCGCUGCCUCUGAUUCCUUCAAAACCAUCUAGGAAGGACUUAUUAGAGGUCAGCGGUGUGCCCGCAUCGGCUGUGCUUCCCUCACGACCUAGGCUGGAGACUGUUCGGGCCCCUAACCCUCGAAUCAACCCUGCUACGAGCUUCUUCUUGUCGCCAGCCACACCAAACUUUCCCGAAGAUGAAGGAACCAACUUCUUUGAUCUUACCGAUGACGAGGACGACGUUCUGUCAAGUAGCAACAGUGACAUCCUCGCAUUUCAGCCUGUUCCCGGCAUGGCCCCUACCACCGACUCCUUCGAGUGCUACAGUCUCCCGGAGUCUCAGGAACAAGGACGGAAAAUUGUCGAGUCCCAGUCAGCCUAUGCCAAGGUCAACUCUCCAUCGCUUCUUUCUCGCGGCGACAGCGGGAACUUCCUCGGUGCGCCUAUCGAUACCGGCCUGGAUGACUUUGCGGCCGAGCUGGGCUGGAUGGUUGACGUUAUUGGCUCCAAGGCCAACUAGUCAGCUACAACAUACUCACAUACUAUCUGAUACGAUACAACUUAAUUCUGGGCUUCAACGCCUACCACACUCUAUGAUCAACAUUGUUUCGACGGCGUUUAAUACUGGUUUUCAAAAAAUUUGGGUUCAACAUUUGAUGAACAUAACACAGCGGGAUUUGCAUUUGGCGUUUUAGAAGGAACAAGAGGGGAUGGCGCAAGCAUAGGCAGCUCAACGAGAUGUCAACCAUACAACAAUCCCCGAGGGGUAAUAAGAAAAGGAUCUGGGCGAAUCGAAAUAGACGGCCGUGUAACAAUGGAAUUCUAAAGGAGUAUGUGAGGGAAUGGUGGUAUGGUUCAUGAGACGGACGACACGGCAGUUAUCGAAACACGAAUCUUGGACCUAAGGGGAGGAUUAGGGUUUGGACUGAUUUGCUCUCAUCUGCAUGUGUAUGUAGAUGACAUAGCGAUCGGCAAGUGGCACAAUCUUGAUAGAUGAGAUAAGACACAAUUAUAAACAACCUACAACACUGGUUUUACCAGUUAUACACUUCUGUUAACGCGUCAAACGAUGAAUAAUCUCAGCCGUGCUUUUGUGCUGUCAAAAUGUUGUGUUCAUACAUAGUGGUACAUAUUGUAGUUGCUGUCGUGUUAUCAUGCCAAUUCCUGUGAUUCAACAGCCCUGUAUCUAUCCAGUAGAAGUACUAUAUACAGUGAUCUAUGCAAUUCGUCUCGAAUACUAUUGAGCUGUCUGAAGUGGUGCUGGGGGAUUUCCUGCGGUAGUUGAUUGAGGGUUUGUUGGAGCUUGAGCUUUUGGCUCAGAAGCAGGAGUAGUAUUUGGCGCUACUGGUGUUGCGGCCGUUGUAUUCGUAGUCUUCGUAGGCUGAGUGACUGCCGGUGGCGCCAUCUUGGGUUGUAUCGUCUGAUUAGGCUCAGAGUUUGGUGGUGCGGAAGCCCCUUGCCCAACCCCAGUCAUCUUGUGCCCAGUAGUCGGGAUACCCGACGGAACAUCAGGGGUAUUUGUUUGGGGGUCCUGGGCUUGAUCCGGGGCCUGGACAGCAUCUUUGCCCUUAAUGCCCUCGUCAGGUGUAGAUUUUUUCUCAGGCCCCUUCUUGUCAGGGUUCAGGAAGCGUUCGGGGACGCCUCGUGCAGCAUAUGUUCCGCUACCGACCCAAGCACCAAGGAUAUGGCUCCAUCGGUACUCGCCUCGGGUAAGGCGUUGGAUCUCCCGAUACGCAUAGGCAUUGUAAUAAGGAAGACCGGUACGCGGAUCCCGAUACCGAGCGGGAUGAUUUGUGAUUACGCAAAGAGGCGCAGGAGAAGGUUCUGAACAUGGUUAGAGAACGUGACGUUUAUUGAAGAUCCAUGUAAACUUACUGGAAAGCUUAUUCAUCUUGCGGCCAAAGAUGAUCUGCGUCUGAAUGCUACGAUCCUUGAGGGCGUUGUCGUCAAAGUUUUGGAAGACAAUGGCAUUGCGGGCUCCGGUUGAAGGCUGAGGAGGUUGAGUUUGAGAGUCGGAGGCUUGGGUUACAGCGGGAGUGUCGGGACUGGUAGAUUUGGUAGGGAGAGCGGGCGUGAUAGUUUUGGGUUGAAUAUUUGUUGUAGAAGAUAUGGGUGUAACUCCUGUUGAAGGUUUUGAUGGAGGGGGUGAGAUAGUUGACGGAGUGUUAUGAAGAGGAGCAGUUGCAGUGAGUGUAGGAGGCAUGGCCCCUUGAGACGUAUUUGGUGGUGCCAGGACAUUGGAUUUGGGAUUGCCGUAGCCCAUCAUAGGGGGUGCAUUUCCGUUGAUACCAAUACCUGGAGGAGGAGCAAGUAUAGGCGCUGCUAGAACGCCAGAUGGUUUAGAAUCUGGUGGACGAGAUAGUCCUGACGGAGGAGCCACGAAGGAAUUUGUCGUUGAUGCUGACCCAGCGGGCGUAGGUGGAGGCGGGGGUGGUGCAGCGAGACCACUUGGUGGAGGAUCCUGAGCUCGAGGAGGGCUUGGAGCUGGCACGAAGGUCGAUGCUGGAGGAGCUGGAGCAGCCAGGUUGCUUGGAGGUGUAGGCGGCGGUUGAGGUGGUGGUGGCAUAGUCAUCGGAGGAGGGAUGUCUUCAGUCUUGGGAACCGCUGGAGGAGCACCGCUAGUCUCUGAAGUUGAAGGUGCAUCUGUGGGUUUCGUGAUAUCUUCAACAGGUUUAGUAGGAGUAGCGGGUUUCGUGUCUUUAGAAUCGGAGGCUGCUACAGGCUCUGCUGACGCUGUGCUUGGUGGUUUGUCUUGUGAAGGUUGCGAUCCCUCUUUGGCGUUGGCAAUCUCGCCAUUGGCAGCUGGCGUGCCAUUUUGACCGUCCUCCUUCUUGUCCUCUGUUGGACCAGCUUUCUCCUUGUCUUUAUCCUUACCCUUUGCCUUCUCGCCUCUCUUCCUCUUCUCCUUGGCAGGCUCCUCAAUCACCAUAUGCCUUCCCAUCCAUUCACCAAUGCCACUCCAAAAUGUAAUAACAGGCCCCUUCAACGUUCUGUUAUGAAGUGCCGCCAAUUUCGCUCGACGUUCUUCCUCACGCUGUUUCUCAGCCUCCUCCCAGCGAUUCAAACUCUUGCUAUUGCGCUUCUCAACAAUAGCUGCCUCUCGUAAUCGCUCCUCCUGAGUCAUCGGUGGUUUCUUCAUCGCCUCCAACUUGGCAGCUUUCUUCUGCAUUUGAGCCAACUGUUUUAUCCGGCGCGCCUCUCGCUCCACCAUUUGUUGAUGUAAUUGCUCCUUGGAGAGUCGAGUCGUUUGGCGGGAAGAGGCUCGUGUCGGUAGGUCCGCGGCAGACGGCAGCCACGAAGUGCGCUCAGAUUUCUUCUUAGGUCGUGGCGCAGGCUUCGCAGGUGCAGGCGUUCUCGUCGUAGGAUCGAUACGGACUUUCUUGCGGAAUUUGGCAGGGAUGGCUUCUUGCGCCUUUCGCUUGCGCUGAGCAGCGCGACGUUCCUUGGCCUGCUUUUCCAAUUCCUUCUCGCCCUCGAGGUCAUCAUCAUUAUUAUCGUUCUCGUCUUCAUCGUCUGAAGAGUCCAUCUGGACAUCCGAACCGUUCUCUUCAGCAUCAGAGAAACCCUGGUCGUUCUCAUCUUCAGCGAAAAGCAGUUCGAGAUCGGAAUCGGGUUCCUCGUUGGCGAGCAUCGACUUCAUUCGAUUGCCGGCGGUCGAACGGCGCUUUCGAGUUGUAGCAAGCCAUUCUACUGUGUCUUCGUUGUUUUUCUGGCUAUCGGUGUCGGUAUUGGGGCCAGCAGUCUUCAAAACUUCAGCGUCACUGUCGCUGUCACUGAGGCUAGAUAAUGUGGAAGACAAGGGAGUCCCCAUAUCGGACGGUUUGGAUUCCGUUUCCAUCGCGAGUUAUCGAUUGUCGGAACGAAAUAAGCGUAAAGAUAUCACAUUGCGUAUUUUAGACGAUAUCCAAGUUGAUAUAAUGGAGAGGUGUUGUGUCGUGGUUUUUCGCCUGAUGGAAUUCAAGCUAAAGAUGCAAGGUUGACGAACGCGUUUUUUGGUGGGGAGAAGACUAGAUUUGGAUGGAUUUUUUAGGCUGCUGACAUCAUGACAGACGGUGUAAUAUGAUAGGUGCG